CGAGCACGGCGUAGCGCAGGCUGCACGCUUACCAACUCUGCCGUCUUUUUUUUAAAAAAAAAAACAUAGUGUAACUUUUUAAUUCGGUGUUUGUUUUGCUAGCUGCCAGUUGCACAUAAUCGUUCAGAUACCGGUGGAUAGAAAGAUGCGACAGUUACUAUUAGUUUUAUGCUUGGCCGUGGGUCUUAGUAAUGCAUUAUGGUUGAGACAAGGCCGGUCCGAUCAGCCCAAAGACACCAGAUUCAUCGGGGAGGCGACAAACGAACUUUCUACAACUAUUUUCCAGGGUUACAUCGACGAUAGUAACAACCUUGCUUUCUCACCACUUGGAUAUGCUGCUAUUCUCGCAAUCCUAGCAGAAGGUGCUAAAGGCGAGACGAAAAACCAAUUGGUUUCAGCGUUGCAUUUGCCCGAAAAUCCAAAUUUAACAAGAACUACAUUCCGUUAUAUAAUGGAAAGGCUAAAAAAUACAAAUGAAUACAAGUAUAAUCAACCUGAAUUGAAGAAUUUCUUUUACAUUUACAAAAAUUAUACUAUCAAUGAGGACUACAAGAAAAUCUUAGAAGAUUACUAUUUAACUGAGGUACGAUCUGUUGAAAGAUAUCACUCUGAAUUGAACAAAUCUGACGACGAUAGUGAAGUAUCCGAGACAAAAGAAGACAAUGAAACAAAGGACGAAAUUUCAGAACCUCUAGCCCUUAAAGAUCCAGAAGAGAAGUAUAUCACGUUUGCAAUGGAAGAUAAGCCAGAAAAAGUUGAUAUUUCACAUGUAGGAUACAAACCAGCAAAGAAUAUCAAAGAGAAGAUUAAGCUUGUUAAAGCAUACUCCAAAAAAGAAAAAGAAGAGUCCGAAGACGAAGAAGAGACUAUGGUUGCAGUGGAAGCUAGAAAUAGUGCUAGAAGUUUAAAAAUCCUGCAUGAUAAAAAUGACAUCUCCUCAAUAGUUUCUGUGAAUAGCGUUGGCAAAAAAUCCGGCAAACCAUCAAAAUCAAACUCGCUUAUGAUAAUCUUCAAUGGCAUGUACUUCCGAGGUUCAUGGAAACAGCCAUUCGAGGUUGUCGAGCCUGGCGUUUUUUACAAAUCUAAUACAGUGAAGAAGCAAGUUCCAAUGAUGAAGACGACAGGGACAUUUAAGACUAGCUCUUUGCCUGAUUUGGACAGUGAAGCACUUAUGUUACCUUAUGACGGAGGUCGAUAUGCUCUGCUGGUUGUUGUGCCUCGCUCACGGGAUGGUCUUACACGUCUUAUCGCUGAUUUACCUUCUGUACCCAUUGCUGAUAUUCAAGAGACGAUGAUCGAUGAAGAAUUACAAGUUUCGUUGCCUUCAUUCUACGUGGAAACAACUACAAAACCAGUCGCUGCUCUUGCUAAGUUUGGUGUGAGCAACAUCUUCAGUCGCGAGGCCGAGCUGUCAGGUGUGUCGGAGGACGAGGGUCUUUUCGUGCAAGAGUUGGUACAGCAUGUCGCCGUCCGCGUGGAUAACGCAAAUUCUGCUGCCAAUGAACUUUCUGCUGCCAAUCCAGGAAUAGAAUCAUUAAAGAAUGCUCCCUUCUAUGAAGAGAGGUCACCUCGUCGCUUCUGUGUCGAACAUCCUUUCAUUUUCUACAUCAUGGACCGUCUCGACAACCUCGUAGUGGUCGCUGGCAAGGUGACUGAUCCACAACAGCCAACCACAUUCGAAGUUUGAAUGAUAUAA